UGGAAACAGAGUGAAACAGAGUUGAGGGACCAACGAGAGGAGUAUAUGUAUGGAUGAAUCGAUUCUGGGGUAAGUGCCGUGCGGUCCCUCACACUAAUAAUCAGUGUGUUCGUAUCUCCGGACCCGAUAACAAGUUCUUCGCGCAGAGAAAUAUCAUCCGUACCACGAUGGCUCAGGAACCACCGAAGUACGAACUUCUGAACGAGAAAAAGACCAAGGAGCUGCUGCAAGAAUUCACGGGCGAGAGAACUGGUUGGGUACUCGUUGGCCCUAAAAAAUGGUUCCUUCCGUACAGAUACACCGAACAGAGUAAAGGAUUUUAUAAUUUUGAGGCAAGACCAGACGACACGUGGGUCGUGUCUUAUCCGAGGUCUGGCACAACAUGGACCCAAGAAUUGGUUUGGCUUUUAUCGAACAAUUUAGAUUUCGAAACGGCCAGAAAGAAGCUACUUAUAGAACGAUUUCCAUUUCUCGAGCUUAGUAUUAUACUUCACCCGGAAGUAACACUCGAACUUUUGGAGAUGAAUAUAGGAAACAAAGAUAGGACAGAUAUGUGCAACAGUUUUGCCAAGCCAGGAUAUGAGGUCCUAGCAAACAUACCAUCUCCUAGAUUCAUUAAAACCCAUUUUCCGUUCAGUUUAUUACCCGGAAUUCUGGACAGCGGUUGUAAGGUGGUCUAUGUGGCGCGAAAUCCAAAAGAUGUUGCCGUUUCGUGGUACUAUUUGAGUAAAGAUUAUAUAACACAAGGAUACUUGGGUGAUUUUGCAAUGUUUUGGAAUUAUUUUCAAAAUGAUCUUACACUCUGGAGCCCUUACUGGGAACAUUUGAAGGAAGCAUGGGUCCUCAGAGAUCAUCCAAAUCUUCUAUUUAUGUUCUACGAAGAAAUGCAGCACGAUUUUCCAAAAGCUGUUAAGAAAGUCGCCAAAUUUCUCGGGAAGAAUUAUACGGAGGAACAGAUUGGACACGUAACUGAUUAUUUAAAUAUCAAAAACUUCAAAAACAAUCCAAUGGUGAAUUCAUUUAAAGAGUGUGGCAUUAUGACAGCAGAAACAUUUGUUAGGAGAGGUCAAAGUGGUGGUUGGAGGGAUAUGUUUACCCCAGAUCUUGAUGCCAAAGCUAAUCAGUGGAUGGAACAGAAUCUCAAGGACACUGAUUUCGUCUUUCCAUAUUUUAAUAAUAAUACUAACGAUAAUUGUCAUUGA